AUGAAGGAAGCACUUGUCAAGAAGGACAUCUCUGUCGAGAUCGUCGACUCUCCCAUUCCCAAGCCUGGCCCAGGCCAGCUACUCAUCAAGGUUGUCGUCGCAGGCACAAACCCUAAGGAUUGGAAACUUCCUGCUCUCCUUGGAAACGAGGGUAACAGUGGAGAUGAUAUCGCUGGUAUCGUCGAAGCUGUAGGCGAAAACGUCGUUGGUUUCCACAAGGGCGAUCGCGUAGCCGCUUUCCACGAGAUGCGUACUCCCCAUGGUGCAUUCGCAGAGUACGCUAUCGCCGAUUACUACACCACUUUCCAUAUUCCCGACUCCAUUUCUAAUGAGGAGGCUGCUACCAUUCCUCUUGCUGCUUACACUUCCGUAUGCGCUUUGUUCCAAGAGCUUCAGAUCCCUGAGCCUUGGUCGCCGCUUGCCAAGUCGGAAGAGAAGCGUCCUCUACUCGUAUACGGAGCCAGUACAGCUACGGGAGCUUUCGCUAUCAAGCUCGCUGCUGCUGCUAAUGUCCACCCCAUUAUUGCCGUCGGAAGCCAGCGAAGCGAAUUUGUUAAGCCGUUCUUAGAUGAGAGCAAGGGCGAUGUGCUGGUCGACUACACUGCCUACGACACGGAAGAUAAGCUCGUUGCUGCUAUCCAGGACGCUUUCAAGAAGAGCGGUGCACCCGAGGGUCGGUGCUGGAAAGCGUUUGACAGUGUCUCCGAAGACUCGACCGUCAAGCUAGUCACAAGAGCCAUUGCUGGACCUCCCGACGCCAUCGGUCGCAAGCCGAAGAUGACAAACAUUCUCAUGAAGGAAAAGGUCGAGGGAGCUGACCCCAGUGUCGAAGUCGUUUGGUCUAUGGUCGGACAGGUGCACAAGGAGGAUGAGAAGGAUAAGUUGUUGGGCCUGACAUGGGCUACUGCGUUCUCCAGAGGACUUCGCGAGGGAUGGUUGACUCCUCACCCAUACAUCAUUGGGAAGAAUGGUCUGCAUGGUCUCUCCGAGGGACUUCUUGGAUUGAGAGAUGGCAAAACGAGGGCUAAUAAGUUUUUAACAAUUCUGAGUGAGACACCUGGGGCUACGGCUUGA